ACGCAUUAAGAAAAGUAACCAUGGAGAACAAUGAAAACCCAGUGGAUUCAAAAUCUAUUAAAAAUUUUGAACCAAAGAUCAUACAUGGAAGCAAAUCAAUGGACUCUGGAAUAUCCUUGGGCAAUUAUUACAAAAUGGAUUAUCCUGAAAUGGGUUUAUGUUUGAUAAUUAAUAAUAAGAACUUUCAUAAAAGCACUGGAAUGGCCUCUCGGUCUGGUACAGAUGUAGAUGCAGCAAACAUUAGAGAAACAUUCAUGAACUUGAAAUAUGAAGUCAGGAAUAAAAAUGACCUUACACAUGAAGAAAUUGUGGCAUUAAUGCACAAUGUUUCUAAAGAAGAUGAUAGCAAAAGGAGCAGCUUUAUUUGUGUAAUUCUAAGCCAAGGUGAUGAAGGAAUAAUAUUUGGAACAAAUGGACCUGUUGUCCUGAAAAAAUUAAUGAGUUUCUUCAGAGGAGAUUAUUUUAGAAGUCUAACUGGAAAACCCAAACUUUUCAUUAUUCAGGCCUGCCAGGGUACAGGACUAGACUAUGGCAUUGAGACAGACAGUGGCAUUGAUGAUGACAGGGCAUGCCACAAAAUACCAGUAGAGGCUGACUUCUUAUAUGCAUAUUCUACAGCACCAGGUUACUAUUCCUGGCGAAAUUCUAAGGAUGGAUCCUGGUUCAUCCAGUCACUGUGUGCUAUGCUGAAACUGUAUGCUCAUAAGCUUGAGUUUAUGCAUAUUCUCACUCUGGUAAAGGUAGCAACAGAAUUUGAGUCUUUUUCCCUUGACUCCAUUUUUCAUGCAAAGAAACAGAUUCCAUGUAUUGUGUCCAUGCUCACAAAAGAACUGUAUUUUUAUCCCUAAAGAAAUAGUUGAUUUUGUUAGUUUGUAUUCCAAGUGAGAAAACAAUAUAAGUAAUACUUUGUUUCUUCUCCCACUUAAAUUUUAUCUA